AGGACGAAGAAGACGAUGACAACGAAGAAGAAGAAGAAGAAGACGAAGGAAGAAGACGACAACAAAGUCGAGGAUAGCAGCGACGACGGAGAAGAAGAAGAAAUAGAAGAAGCGGGCGACACAGAAGAAGUCGGCGAUGACGACGAAGUAGACAACAACAACAGUAAUACAGUAGUUAAAAGGAUCGAACGCGUGAGAACAUGGGGCGAACUGGUACACGGCGGCGUUAUCAAGAGGAUGUUAUCUCGGAUGAAGAGAUUGAUGGAAGGAGAACGUUUAAUCUGGAGGAAAAAGUCCACUGCCAGAGGUUCAACUCUGAUCGGAUCGUUCGCAUGCAAGGAAAAGAUUUAACAUAUGAGCUCAUCCAAAGAAGUGGCUUGAGAGACCCAAUCAUCUUUGAGAAAAUUGAUGGACUAGGACUCAAGAUGCCUGAUCCAAGCUUCAGUGUUAGUGAUGUCAAGAUGUUUGUUGGUAGCAGACGUAUGAUUGAUGUCAUGGAUGUAAGCACUCAGAAGGGGAUAGAGAUGUCCAUGGCCCAGUGGACUCGGUAUUAUGAGAGUUCUCCAUCUCAGCGAGAGAAGCUCUACAAUGUCAUCAGCCUGGAGUUUAGCCACACAAAGAUGGAAAAUCUGGUCAAGAGACCUUCCACACUUGAUCUUAUAGACUGGGUUGACAACAUGUGGCCCCGUCACCUGAAAGAAAGACAGAGGGACUCGACCAACUCAAUCAGUGAUAUGCAGUAUCCCAAAGUACAAAAGUACUGUCUGAUGAGUGUGGAGGGAUGCUAUACAGACUUUCACAUUGACUUUGGAGGAACAUCCGUGUGGUACCAUGUUCUAAGAGGGAGCAAGGUAUUCUGGUUGAUCCCUCCCACCGCUCAGAACUUGGAGUUAUAUGAACACUGGGUGCUGUCGGGAAAACAAUCGGAUGUUUUUCUUGGGGAUCGCGCUUCUGACUGCCAGAGGAUUGAACUUCGACAAGGAUGCACCUUUAUCAUACCAUCAGGUUGGAUUCAUGCAGUCUACACCCCUGUGGAUUCUAUUGUCUUUGGUGGAAACUUCCUUCACAGCUUUAACAUUCCAAUGCAACUUAACAUUUGCAAUAUAGAGGACCGCACGCGGGUCCCAGUGAAGUUCCGUCACCCAUUUUUUUACGAGAUGUGCUGGUAUGUGUUGGAGCGCUAUAUUUUCAGUCUGACCAAGACUUCUUACCUUACACCAGAGUUCCAGAAGUUGUCUCUGGACAUUGGUCCAGCAUUUGAGAAUAUGGCGGAAGAAGAUAAGAGUGUCAGUGAAGAUGAUGUUUUAGAACAGCUGUUGGACAAACCAGCAAAUGUUAAUUUGACUCCGUUGGAGCUAGAAGGGCUUUGGAACUUGGUGGGCAAACUUGAGUCACUCCCAUCCAACAAGAAGUGUGUCCCACCCGGCAUACACAAUUCCCCUGCACUCAUUACACACAUUAAGGCACUCCUAAAGGAACAUGCUAAUGAUGAUCCCAAAAAAUCCUACACCGGAAAACCAAUUGUGAAGUGGUCAAAGAGGUCCUUGAACCAUCAGCCUCUUCAACCACCACCACCCCUUAAUCCUAAAUUUGUUGCCGCUCCUGUCAUGCCGCGACCACAGAAGCCUGCGUCUUCCAUGUCUGUGUUGAGAAGGCGCAGGGUCAGAUGUAAGCGCUGCGAGGCAUGUAUGAGAACUGAAUGUGGAGAAUGUAAUUUCUGCCGAGACAUGAAGAAGUUUGGAGGACCUGGAAAGCUAAAGCAAACCUGUGUGCUGCGCCAGUGUCUCUCACCAGGACUUCCACUGUCUGCUGUUUGUGAAAUAUGCAAGGAACCUAACCAAGAUGAAACUGGAGAUCACUUCUUUACUCUGAUGGAAUGUUCAAAUUGUGCACAGAUUGUCCACCCUUCUUGCCUCACGAUUCGGGGUGAGGGAAUUAUCAACAAAGACCUUCCAAGCUGCUGGGAAUGUCCGAAAUGCGUUCAAGGGAUCACUGACUCGGAGCAGCGGAAAUGUUCCUCUCUGCUGGAUGCCCGCAUGGCUAAGAUAUUCCGACAGCAGAGACACUGUCGUGAUGGAAAUGACUCCAGUGAUGAUGACGAGGAUGAAGCCACACACAGAAAAAAGUCACGGAUGCAGCCAGGAGGAUGCCACUCUUCCCGGAGAGGAAUGCGUACCAACAGGAGAGGAUUGUUCAAAGGCGGAUCAACCCACAGAGGAAGCAGGGAAGGCCCUGUGACUCCUGGUACUUCCAUCUUCAAGUUCAAGGCUGGUAGGAGGAGAGGGAUGAGAUUAAGGGGUGGUUCAAGGAUGCAGCAAAGAGGUGCGUCUACUGAGGAAUCUGAUGAUGGUGAUGAAGAGGAAGAUGAUGACAGCGGACAUGGAGACCAGGAUCAGCAUCCUCAUCAGUGUAGGAGGAGGUCCAGGACUGAUGAGGAGGAAGAUGAGGACAGUGAAAAACAUGAGUUUGACCCAGAUGAUGAGGGCAUGGACCUAGAAGAAGAAGAAGAGCAAGAAGGACCCUGGGAUUCGGACCCAGAACCUCCAGUGCUCCUGAUGUCUGAUCUCAAUGAUGACAUACUAUGUGGCUCCUACCUGACUGUGACUCUACAACGCCCGACCAUUACUGAUAAAAAAUCUGGUUGUAUCGUUCCAAAAAUGGAAGCUGCAAUGGGUUUGAGGUCACCUCCACUAAAUGCAUGUGGUCAACCAAGCAUCACCCGGAAGACCACUUUAAACAAAGCCUUAAGGUUCAAGAGCAAUGACAACACACGGGAAGGGCAAAUUCUACAAGGACCAGGAAGGCCGAGUCAUCGUGGCAACUGUGUCAUCCGGAGCACUAUUGAUCAGUCUGUGUCCUCAGACGAAGGGGAACCAUCCACCUCUUCCGUCUCUCCUGCAAUGUCGCCUCCUUCCCUGCUGUCCCUGUCAUCUUUUCAGGAUGUGGAUGAGAGUGGAGGAGAAAAGGAAGUAUGGGUGUCUGUUUUCAGAUACCUUAACAGAGCUGAGUUGCUCAAGUGCAUGACUGUCUGCAAGGCCUGGUAUAAGUGGAGCUUUGAUAAGCAUCUAUGGAGCCACCUGGAUAUGAGUCGAUUCAAGCCCCUGAGUAACCAGGCCUUGGCAGGGAUCAUAAAACAUCAGCCCACUUCUUUGGACCUCUCAUGGACGCCCCUGGCCAAAAGACAGCUCAACUGUCUUCUAACCAGGCUACCAGGUCUUCGAGAGUUGAGGGUUGCUGGCCUGUCCUGGACAUGCCUGUCAGCUUUGGUCACCCCGACUCUUCCCUCUCUUCGACUACUGGAUCUGCGUUGGUGUGAAGGCAUUAAAGAUACCCAAUUUAAAGAGCUCCUCACCCAUCAUGGCUCUGAGUCAUCUUACUGCAGACUAAAGAACAUAGUGACACUGCACCUGUCUGGUCUGGAUAUCAACGAGUCCACUUUGAGACUUAUUCAGCAUCAUAUGCCACACUUGGAGAACCUGGAUGUGGCUCACUGCAAGAACAUUACAGAUUCUUCAAUAGCUUUGCUUGCAGCGGUGGGCACACGCACUCGCAACAACCUCAGUGAACUCAUUCUAUCAGGUUGUCAUCAGUUGAGUGAUGGCUGCAUGUCCUACCUGAAGCGCAUCUCCUCUUUGACUUUUCUGGACCUAAGAGGCUGCAAGAAGAUCAGCAUACAAGCCUGCAACGCCUUCAUCUCUGACCUGUCACACAUCGCUGUGUUCUGUAUGAUCGAGGAUAAGGUUAUCCAAUAUCUAAACUGAGUGGUUAUUCACUUUUGGACUGAAACCCGAUGUCACAAAAUUGCUGCUUGGGCAGUGUACUAAUGUCUUUCACAUCAUGUCUAUGACAUCUUUUAUCCUGUUUGUGUGUGUUACAUUAGAGAAAUCUAAUCUUGCCCUGGCAAAAAACGUUUCUUCAAGAAAACAUGCUGAAAUAAUGAUGAUCUCGUCUCAAGUUCUUUCCAUAUUUAUUUGGGUCUUAUUCUGUCGACUGUAUGAGAACAGGUCGAUUUCUAGUUUA